AUGUCCGAGCCCGCUCCGCCGCCCGGCAUGGCCCGCCCGCCGCUGCCCGCCGCUGCCGCCUUGCUGGCCGCCGCUCUGCUGCACUGCGCGCCCGCCGCGCCCGCCCGCCGCCACAAACCGGACAUGUCUCGAAAGCAUCACACCUGGAAGGAGCAGGCUCCUUGGCCGUCUGCCCUGGCGAACACCGUGGGCACGGGUGUGCCAGCCAAGGGGGGUGCGGGGGCUGGCUGGAACCCCCCCCGCUGCGGAGUGCCGGACCUGCCGCUGCUGCCGGACGGCCAGAGCGGGCGGAACCGCCAGAAACGCUUCGUCCUCUCGGGGGGACGCUGGGACAAGACCAACCUCACCUACAAAAUUAUCAGGUUCCCGUGGCAACUUGUAAAAGCUAAAGUGAGAAGGACCAUUGAGGAAGCCUUGAAAGUCUGGAGUGAUGUGACCCCGCUGACCUUCACCGAGGUGCAGGAGGGACGGGCUGACAUUGUCAUCGAUUUCACAAGGUACUGGCAUGGAGACAACUUGCCUUUUGAUGGGCCCGGAGGGAUCCUGGCGCAUGCGUUCUUCCCCAAAACACACCGGGAAGGAGACGUGCAUUUUGACUAUGACGAGACCUGGACGAUUGGGAACAGCCUGGGCACUGACCUUCUGCAAGUGGCUGCUCAUGAGUUUGGCCAUGUCCUGGGCCUGCAGCACACAGCUGUCUCCAAGUCCCUGAUGUCUCCUUUCUACAUCUUCCGCUAUCCCCUCAGCCUGAGUGAGGAUGACAAGCAAGGGAUCCAGUACCUAUACGGGAAACCCUCACCGGAUCCCGAGCCAACCCCAACUCAGCCAGCAGAGCUGCCCCAGCCAGGCCUCGAAACAAAUGAGAUCACCAACGUGGAGGCUGUGCAGCCCGACGCCUGCCACACAGCUUUCGACGCCGCAGCCACCAUCCGGGGGGAGCUGUUCUUCUUCAGGUCCCGCUACGUGUGGCGGCUCCGGGCUGGAAAGCUGCAGGACGGGUACCCAGCUCUGGCCUCUCGCCACUGGCAGGGCAUCCCCAGCUCUGUCGAUGCCACCUUCGAGGACCCUCUGGGCAACAUCUGGUUUUUCCAAGAUUCUCAAUACUGGAUUUAUGAUGGUGAGAGACGGGUAUCUGGUCCCACGCCAAUCGUGGAGCUGGGGCUCCCUGCAUCCCCUGUGCAGGCAGCUCUGGUGUGGGGGGCCGAGAAGAACAAGAUCUACAUCUUCAGUGGAGGCAACUACUGGCGCUUCAGCCCCCACAGGCGCCAGGUGGACAACAUCUACCCCCGGGCUAUGGCUGACUGGCGCGGCGUCCCACCGGAGAUCGAUGCUGCUUUUCAGGAUGAGUUUGGUUUUGCCUAUUUCCUGAGAGGCCGAGAUUAUUGGAAGUUUGAUCCAGUCCAGGUGAAAGUGCUGGAGGGCUACCCACGCCAGAUCAGCCAGGACUUCUUCAGCUGUACACCCUCCUCCAACUCCUUCAGAUGA